CACUGCCAGUCGAACCCGCCCGAGUGCGCAAGCGCGCAACAUCUCUGUUUCCCUCCCCUUUGCCCCUCACCCUUCCCCCCCCCUUUUUCCCCUUCAAGAAGCCGGCUCCGGGGCGCGCUCACCCCGUGAGGAGGCCGAAGGCCGCAACCGGGAGGCGCUGUCUUUACUCCCGGAAGAUCAUGUACCAGCCCAGCAGGGGGGCGGCCCGGCAUCUCGGCCCCUGCCUCCGCGCCUACCAGGCUCGCCCCCAGGAAUGACACCCCUGACGGUUCCUGAGGAGGCCGAGGGACUCGUGUCAAGCCUGACUUUGGCUGACCUCUUCACCGCAAUUUCAAAGUUGGACCAACUUUCUCCAUGGGCUCUGCCAUUCCCACCCCUAUGGCCCCACUCCACGACUACCACUUCUCCAUCUUCUCCUCUUUUCUGGUCUCCCCCACCCGUUCACCCUCCCACCUGGCUGCUUCCCAGAGCUCCCCCACUACCUCUCCCUCAGGUCCAGGCCCUCAGUUCACUAUGGGUGGUGGUCCCUCCAGGCAAGGGGGAGGAGGGACUCGGACCUGAGUUGCAUAGUGGCUGCCUGGACGGACUUAGGAGCCUGUUUGAGGGACCUCCUUGCCCCUCUCCUGGGGCACUGAUACCUUUUCAAGCCCCUGAGACUGCUCGCCCUUCCCCUGCUAGUCCAUCAGGAGAUCCAAGUAUGGAGGAGCACCUGGCUGUCAUGUAUGAGAGACUAAGACAAGAGCUUCCCAAUCUUUUCCUUCACUCCCAUGACUACACUCUCUACUCAUCGGAUGUGGAAUUCAUCAAUGAGAUUCUGAACAUACGUACCAAGGGCCGGACAUGGUAUAUUCUGUCACUGACCCUCUGCCGCUUCCUGGCCUGGAACUAUUUUGCACAACUUCGGUUGGAAGUUCUACAGCUGACUCGCCACCCCGAGAACUGGACUCUGCAAGCCCGCUGGCGGCUCGUGGGGCUUCCUAUCCACAUGCUCUUUCUGCGUUUCUAUAAGCGUGACAAAGAAGAGCUUUACCGGACCUAUGAUGCCUAUUCUACCUUCUACCUGAAUUCCAAUGGCCUCAUUUGUCGCCAUCGCCUAGACAAACUGAUGCCUUCACACUCACCCCCAACGCCUGUGAAGAAGCUGCUUGUGGGAGCCCUGGUGACUCUGGGAUUGUCAGAACCAGAACCCAACUUACACCUGUGUCCCAAGGCCUGAUCUCAGAACUGGGGUAGGGGCAGCACUGAAGACUUUGCUACGCACAAGAGCAGGAGGUGGGUGGAGGUAGCCAAGACUCUCAAGGGCCAGCUUCCUCCCCUCUUCUCUCUCCUUCCUUCCUUUCCAUCUCAUGCUGUGUAAAGCUGCUGUGUAAUUUAACAUGUAAAUAAUAAAGUCAAAAUGAAAAUAUGAGAUCAAA